AUGUCUUCGUCGAAGAACCCCACGGUGACCGAGUGUGGCAGCAAGGACGGCCGCGACGAGGACGGCGACAAGAAGGAGGGAGGCGGUGGCUGUAGUGGCUUCAUCGACAAGGUCAAGGACUUCAUCCACGACAUCAGCGAAAAGAUCGAGGAGGCCUUCGGCUUCGGCAAGCCCAGUGCCGACGUCUCCGGCAUCCACAUCCCGCACAUCAGCCUCCACCGCGCCAACCUCGUCAUCGACGUGCUCAUCAAGAACCCCAACCCCAUCCCCAUCCCGCUCGUCGACAUCGACUACCUCAUCGACAACGGCGGCCGCAAGCUCGUCUCCGGCCUGAUCCCCGACGCCGGCACCAUCCACGCUCACGGCGAGGAGACCGUCAAGAUCCCGUGGAGGACGACGUCGGCGCGAUGUGGCGAGGGCCGCAGGAUGUCUCUGAAUCAGUUGCUGCAAUCAGUUGGUGGCAGGCAGGUGCAGGAACAUGGGACGAUUGGGCUUCAGACUUGA